AUGGAAGAUGAGGAGAUGUUGGUGAAUGAGAUAGCUCGUGACAUUGAAAGCAAACUUCUAAGAGCUUCACGAACAAAGGUCAUGGUUGAGUGGUCUCUAGUCGUAACCAACCUCAUGUUGGAGAUACCGGCUUGUGUAUUCGACCAAAUCUCUUCAGUGAAUAAACCUUUGUAUGCGCUCGCUGCUAUGUCAAUGUCAUUGCUGUCUUGUCUGCUUUGCCUCGUGGAUCUUUUACACAAAGGCAGAGUUGAGAGAGUCUUGUGGAAGUGGAGUUGGCCCAUGCCUUGGUUUCACUAUCCAACUCAGAGAUCAAACAGAUUUGGUAGCUUUCCAGAUAUGGUAGGAUUGGUUUGCGCCUUGUGUCAAACCAUUAUCACAGCCGUUAACUAUUCGUUCAUCAAACAUAGUCAUGACUCUCCCAUCAAAUUCUCGGUUUGGCCAAUCAUGUUUGCGCUUGGUUUAGUUUGCACUUUGUUUAUCAAAAGAUCUACCUAG